AUGUCAGCAGACGAAGCUACAUCAGGUACCACUCAAGAUGACUUGUCGGUGUGCAAAGUCUAUGGUGACAAGUUGAUUUAUAGAGAAGGUGGGAGCUCAUCCGGGAUGUUGUUCCACUAUGCAGGGACGUUCAACGUCAGUCGAGGUGAGGGGUACAUCCAAUAUGCUGACCCUGGGGAAAUCACCAUAACGUUAUUCAAUCAUUUGCCGAUCGUUCCCCCUGCACCUGAAUCCACGGCCAGGAUAAAUCGAUCCCAUAGAAGGAGGGGAAGACACGACAUGGCGGAGACCGGUAUUGAGUCAGCUCCAAUUCUAUUCCAGCCAUCAAGGGUUGACCGGGUCUUACGAUAUAAGCCCAGUCACGAUACAGAAUUGGGGCUGCCGUCCAAUCAGACGGGUACGAAUACGGACACGGAUACGAACACGAAUGAGAUACCGAAAAUCGAAAUCCACACGAAUACCCUAAAGAUGGCCGAGCACACCUUUACUUUCCAUAAAAUACUCACCACUCAGAUAGGUCGUAAUCAUGAUUCGGCUGGAUCAAGGAGUAUCGCUCGAGCUUCGAUCGGACUGGGAUUCAUCGACCACAAUCGGGAUUCUAGAGAGCAUAUUGAGAUCUACAGACCUGCCGACCCCAGCCCAAGGGAGAUUGGAGACAUUAAUGUCAUGUUUGGUAGUUUCAUCAAUGACCUUCCGACACUAUACAAUGAUGAUCCAGAGGGGAGAAGGAGUAAUGAUACAGUAUAA